AUGAGUCAGCGUAUCAACGCCUUAGUUUCGAAUAAUGUACAUUUCCAGGAGACAAAUGCGCAGAAGCGUGCUGCCCCUGUUGCUCGGAUCCUGCACCGCUCAGUCAGCGGCAACACGGAGGGCGGCAAGAAGGCCACAAAAGGCACCAGCUCGGCUGCGCUCAAGGCCAGAGCCCGGAAGGCGGAGAAGGAAUACUGGGCCAACAUCGUCAAGGUGUUCCCCGCCCAGAAGAUCCGCGUCAUGGCUACACUCGAGAAGGGGCUGACGCACUACAACACGGCGCUGCUGCGGCGCAAGGAGCUGAUCGACGAGGUGACGGCCAUGAAGGCGCAGAACGCAGAGCUCAAGAACCUGCUCAAGCAGUACCUGGCCGCCCCCAUCAACGAGGUCCUCAUCGUGCCGCCCACGCAGAUGCAGCUCUACCAGUGACAGGCGAAAGCGAAGUUGAAGUGCUACUUAAGCGAAAUGGACUCACAAUACCCAUG